UUCCGAAGGCUUGAGUGAGACUCUCACUGAACACUUUAGGGUUUAAGGGUCUCUCUCUCACUCUCUUCGGGGUUUAGGGACCUCUAGAGCUUGAGCGGUAGUUUUGGAACCUUUCCUCAUGUGGGCAGUUCGUAGAGCCACCAAUCCUCUCAGGGGAUAUGGCUACAGCAUACUUGCUUGUAGGUCCUUUUCUGUUUGUGGGGAUGCCUUUAGGAGUGGCAAUAUGCAGUGCUUCAGAAGCGGGGAACGUAGUCAGGUUAAAGUGGAUUACGAGCCUGUACCUGAGAGGUUCUUCGACCGCUUCACGUACACCAAGAUCAUUUUGGGUAGUAGAUGUCUUUCCUCUCAAGCAGGACCUAAUGCAGGUGGUGAUGAGGAUCAGCUAGAGGAUGUAUUCUCAGAACUUGAAUCACCUCAUACUGGCGAGACUGAAAGUGAUAGUGGAGAUCAAGCUAAGGAGCUAUCUGGGCCUGAGCUUUCCGAGGAUGAGGAUUCAGCUCUGAAUUCGGUGGGAAAAGAUGCAGACAUUGAGCUCUCAGAAGAUGAAGUUGGUUCAGACGAUGAGGUAAAGGAGUCGUGGAAAAGGACUAUUAUCCCAUUGGCUCAACUUAUUAUUCGGAGUCCUGCACAAUCUGUUAAAGAUGCAAUCGACAGGUGGGUGGAAGAAGGUAAUACUGUCAAUGAAGACGUUGUUUUGGAGGUCAUGACAAAUCUUCGAAGGCGUAAAUUCUACAGAAAAGCUUUGCAGUUUGCUGAGUGGUUGGAAACAAAAAAUGCUAUAACCUUGAGGGACAGGGAUUAUGCUGCUCGUGUGGAUUUGAUUGCCAAAGUUCAUGGUAUUGAUGCUGCUGAGAGUUAUCUUAAGAGAAUUCCACCGCCAAUGCAGAAUGAAGUACUUUACAGGACACUCUUAGCCAACAGCGUAUAUAUAAAUAGUGUAAAGAAAUCUGAACAAUUGUUUAACUUGAUGAGAGACAAAGGGUUCCCCCUCACUGCAUUUUCAUGUAACCAAUUACUUCUCUUAUACAAGCGGCAUGACAAGAAGAAGCUCGCUGAUGUUUUGCUAAUGAUGGAGAAAGAAAAUGUCAAGCCUACACUCUUCACGUACAAGACGUUGAUCGAUGCUAAAGGCCAGACUAGGGAUUAUGAGGGAAUGGAACAGGUGGUGGAGAACAUGAAGUCUGAGGGGAUUCUUCCUGACCUUCGUGUUCAGUCAAUAAUAGCUAGAUACUACGUUAGUGGAAAGUCAACAGAGAAAGCAGAAGCAAUCUUGAAAGAGAUGGAAGGUGAAAGUCUGAAAGCUAAUAGGGCUGCAUGCAAAGAAUUGCUUCCAAUCUAUGCUUCUCUGGGCAAAAUUGAUGAUGUUAACCGGGUUUGGAAGUUGUGUGAGCCAAGCCCCCGGAUUGAAGAGUGCAUUGCUGUCAUUGAGGCAUGGGGGAAGUUGGGCCAAAUAAAACAUGCUGAGGAAGUAUUUGACAAGAUGGCAAAGAGAGGUGCAAAACUCCCACAAAGGUUUUACACAUCUCUUUUGAAGGUUUAUGCAGCUCACAAACAGUUGGCUAAGGGAAAGGAUUUGGUGAAGCGGAUGUUAGACGAUGGCUGCUUCAUCGGGCCGUUGACAUGGGACGCAAUUGUGAAGCUCUAUGUACAGUCAGGUGAGGUGGAGAAGGCCGAUUCUGUUCUGCACAAGGCUGUGCAGCAAAGCCGUUUGAAACCUCUUUACAGCUCCUACAUGACAAUCAUGGAGAAAUAUUCUGAGAAGGGUGAUAUACACAGUGCCGAAAAAAUAUUUGACAGGGUAAGACAAGCUGGAUAUUCAGGGAAGAGGUUAUUGUAUCAGAGGCUUCUACAUGCAUACCUAAAAGCAAAGACACCUGCUUAUGGAAUCAGAGAAAGGCUAAAGGCCGACAAUGUGUUCCCAGACAGGACAAUGGCACAUCUACUAUCGCAGGUGGACUGGUUUAAGAAGUCUAUGGUAUCUGAGCUGCUGGAAUGAUGAAAUAAAAUUAGCUUAAAAUUUUAAGGCUGUUAAGUUGUCCUUGGGAUGUUCGAAGUCUCUGAAUUUUCUCCUUUUUCUGAGAAUAUAUGGUAAUUUUUUGAAGUAAACUUCUGUGGUAAAUUUUCAACCAGUUAGAAAUAGAUUUUGGUAUCCAGUUUAACUGAGAA